CCGAGACGGCGCGACUCGGAGACUCGGAGUGCGUCGGCUCCGGUGUGUGUGUAACUCUGUAAUAGCUCAAGCAAAAAAGCAAGACAAAAGAUCCCGGAUUCGAACAGGAACAAAGCACUUGAAGCUGCCCCUCGUGGCAGGGCGAGGGGCGGGUGCGAUCGAGGGUGAUGUUUUUCAAGUCCAGACAUGUCAGCUAUAAUGCCCAGAUGGGCCGGGCCUUGCCAAUCAUCGAGAUAAGAUUGUGUUCGGCGUCCGCCGUCCGCGUCAGCGACCGAGCGCCCCAAAUUACAAAGGGGUAUGUAUGCAGCCCUAUGUACUGUCGGCUGGAUGUUUUCGAUUUGUUAUGUCCGUCGAGAAACCAACGUACAAACAUAGUACACGUUGCGUCGAUGUCUCCGAUCUCACUCCAGAAACAGCCGUCCUACGAUUGAAGCAUGAGCAAACCGUCAAGACUUCCAUCAACGAGAACUUUACAGCUUUAUCGCCGUCGCAUGUCACAUCUAUAAUGCCCAACACGGUCGGCGACAUAGAAGACUACCAGUGCUUGAUUGAUGCUACCCACUCCGUUCCGUUCUCCCUCUAUCCUAUUCCGAAUUUCCGAUGCGGCUCCAUUCAAGCUUCAUUACCCAGAUUUCGAAAUGAGAAUAUCCUCCCUCUUUGAAGCCCCUGCUUCACAAUGAAGCCCCUAGGAACCUAUCUGAUAACCCCCUAAGUUUCGCGAUAGCAACCCCACAGCCACCCCCACAUACAAUGCAUCAGAAGACUGUGCAUCCCUGCGGCAGCGAGUUCUGGGGCAGCGCCGCACUGCAGAUGU